GAGACGGUAAGAAGAAAGGGGAGGUGCUCCAAGACUCUCGAGGACAAACCCGCCCAAUUAUAGCAGGCUCCCCUCUCCUCUUCCUUUCUCGAAUCCGCCAUUUGUGGGGGUUGUCAAACCAUUUGUCCUUAACCACCUCUCUCUCUCUCUCCCAAGAACGGAAAGUCCCGAAGCCUCUCUAAAAAGCGGGCACCAGCCUCAUCUCCUCCCUAAUCCUCAUCAGAAAGAUACAUUUCCAGCUUGUUUCGUGAGCUUUCGGAAUCGCCAUCGACCAUGCCCGCUCCCCCGGCCUCCUUCCCCGCCCUCGCGGCCCUCCUCGCAUUGCUCCUCGCCUCCGCUUCAGGGACCGACGUACAUGAUAUUGGAGAAGCACAGUUCACGUACGAAGGCCCUCAGGGUCCGAGCCACUGGGGGGAUUUAAGCCCGAAGUUCGCAGCAUGCGCGCGCGGGCAGCAUCAAUCGCCCGUGAACAUAGUGAGGAACGCGACGGUGGCGAAUAAGAACCUCAAGGCCUUAACCAGAGACUAUCGCCCUGCGAACGCCACCCUUGUUAACAAUGGCUUCAACAUCGGGGUGGUUUACGAGGAAGAAGUGGGGAUGCUGCUUGUGGAUGGCAAGAACUACAGCUUCAAGCAAAUGCAUUGGCACUCUCCCUCCGAGCACCACAUUGAUGGAAUCCAGUUCCCAGCUGAACUUCAUCUAGUCCACAAAGCGAGCGACGGCAACUUCGCCGUGGUAGCGAUCCUCUAUCGACUCGGCGACCCCGAUCCCCUCAUCUCCAAGAUAAAAGGCCAAUUGGAUCAGCUGGCCAAGGAGGCUUGCGGCGCCGACGAGGAGGCUCACAUCCCUCUCGGGAUCUUCAACCCCAAGCAGAUAAAGAGGAACACCCGCAAGUACUACCGGUACGUCGGGUCUCUCACAACUCCGCCAUGCACCGAGAAUGUCACCUGGAAUGUUCUCGGCAAGGUGAGGUCGAUAUCGAAAGAGCAGGUGGCAUCUCUCAAGGCCCCGCUGGCCGCCGAUGACAAAACCAAUUUCAGGCCACUUCAGCCGCUCAACGGCCGUCAGGUCCAGCUCUAUGACGAGCUCGGCAACCAGUGAUCUGGUCAUCUCUCGCGUCACCCGACUCAUUCGACUUCUAUCAUUUCGAAACACAGCGAGAGAGACAGAGACAGGGACAGCGACAGAGAGACGAUGGUUGAUUGAGCUGUAUCUGUCAUGUACUGAAGUUCUUUAUAGUCCCAAGUCGCUCAUAAUAUAACCCUUUUUAGUGCA